AUGCAGUUGGAAUAUUGGAAUAUUGGGAUAUUGAUAGGAAACGAAAUUCCUGCUACACCUUCUUCCUUUCUUUCCACCCUUCAUUUCUUACGGCCUUUCCUUCCUUCCUUCAUCCUUUUCCUUCCUUCAUUCCUUCAUUCCUUCCUUACGGACUUCCUUCAGUACAGCCUUCUUCUUUUCUUUCCAUCUUUCCUUUCUUACGGCCUUUCCUUCCUUCCUUCAUAUAUUCAUUCCUUCCUUCCUUCCUUCCUUCCUUCCUUCCUUCCUUCCUUCCUUACGACCUCUUCCUUCCUUUCCACCCUUCCUUUCUUACGGCCUUCCUUCACUUCCUUCCUUCCUUCCCUCCCUACCUCCCUCCUUUCUUCCUUCCUUCUUUCCCUGCCUUUCUUCCCUUCCCAUCCAUCCUUCUUUUCUUACGGCCUUCCUUCCCUUUCUUCCUUCCUUCCUUACGACCUUCCUUCCUUACGACCUUUUUCCUUCCUUUCCAUCCUUCCUUUCUUACGGCCUUUCCUUCCUUCCUUUCUUUCUUCCUUCCUUCCUUCCUUCCUUCCUUCAUUCAUUCAUUCAUUCAUUCAUCCUUUUCCUGCCUUCCUUCCUUACGGCUUUCUUCUUUUCUUUCCAUCCUUCCUUUCUUUCCAUCCUUCCUUCCUUACGGCCUUUCUUUCGUUCCUUAGUUCCUUCUUUCCUUCGUUCGUUCGUUCGUUCCUUCAUUCAUUCACUUCUUUCUUUCCUUCCUUCUUUCCAUCCUUCUGA